ACAGGCGCUUGACCUCUCUACCUCCGCUUCUCCUGCAUCGUAUCAUUUGGUUUCCUCUUCUUCGGCGCCACCUUUAAUUCCAUUUGCGGCCGCCCCCACCGUACGUCAAGCGAACGUGGAGGGAUAGGAAGCAGCUUAAUGUCGUGGGUGGACUUAGGCAAUUAUAAGAAAGACCAUCGCGCCGGCACGAUUACAAGCAGCAGUGAACCGCAAAAACAGUACGGACAUGCCCCCCGGAAACGAAAAAGACAGGCUUAAAGGCCGUUUCACCAGGUGCGGCGGGAGCGGGUAGAGGAUGGGCACAGGGGGAAGCCUUUGACAGACACUCCCUCCGAUGGGGAUGAAGAGGAGGAAGGGGAGGAGGG